AUGUCCAAACGCUCAAACACAGGGUCGCACAAGUCGCAGCUGGAUCAGGAGAGAGCUCGACGCCAUUCGCUUGAGGCAAAAUACGGUCAUGUGUUGGAUCUGUUGAAUGAUGCUUGUGUUCUCAUCAAUGCGGUAAUCAGCGCUAAUGAACAUGACAAUGAGCUGCUGGCGGAUCUUGCUGCGAACUUGGAAAAGGCGAAAAUGGGGGAGGCGGAUCUUGGCGGUCAAGAACAGGGCAAGAUCUCAAAGAAAGGAGUAGGCGGCCAACACCAGGACUUGGGCAAGAACGAAAAGAAAGGAGUCGGCUGCUUGGACAAGAACGAAAAGAAAGGAGGCGGACAUGGACCGAGCCUUGGCAAAUUGGUUGGCGACAAUGGAGGGAAGACUAAAGGCAAUGGACGUACUACCUGUAAGCAUUGCAAAGAUGUUGACGGAAAGGAGUCUGCCAUCUCUGGUUCUACCGAGUCUACGUCAACUGCGCUCUAUGAGAAGGUGCCGAGCCUAGAGAAUACUUCUGACGAUGAUGCUGCAGGCCCGUCUACUUGA